ACGCAAUGAAUCAAGAAUUCUUAAUUCAACUUGGCGAGCGUGCGUGUAAAAAUGCUGAAAAUCUUACUCUCCCUGCUGAACUCGAGGGAAUAUUCUUCUGUGCUCCAAGUUCCAGAGAAUCAUUAGCAACUCAAGUAUUUGUGGCAAUUGCAUUUGUCCUUCUGAUGGCAACUGCAAUAAUUGGAAACUCUGUCGUGAUGUGGAUAAUUUAUCAACACAAAGUAAUGCACUACGGCUUCAACUAUUUUCUUUUCAAUAUGGCAUUCGCUGAUCUUUUGAUUGCUCUCUUCAAUGUUGGUACUUCAUGGACCUAUAAUUUAUACUAUGACUGGUGGUAUGGUGAUCUAUGUACACUUACUUCCUUCUUCGGUAUUGCACCAACUACCGUAUCCGUGUGCUCAAUGAUGGCUCUCAGCUGGGAUAGAUGUCAAGCAGUCGUGAAUCCUCUACAAAAACGUCCACUAUCUCGAAAAAGAUCCGUCAUUGCUAUUCUCAUCAUUUGGGUUGUUUCAACGGUUACUGCACUUCCGUUUGCAAUUGCUGCAUCUGUCAACUCUCUCUACACAUAUGACGUGGUUACAUCAACUGUUUCAAAAGCUCACGUUUGUUCAGCACCAGUUAAUACUUUCUUUGAAAAAGUGCUCUUUGGGAUUCAAUAUGCUCUACCUAUAAUCAUUUUGGGAUCAACGUUCACACGGAUUGCCGUUGCAUUUCGAGCAACAAAUGAAGCCACUGACAGUAGUCUGAAGAACAAUCACACACGCGCAAAGAGCAAGGCAGUAAAAAUGCUCUUCCUAAUGGUCGUUGCAUUCGUUGUCUGCUGGCUUCCAUACCACAUUUAUCACGCAUUCGCUCUUGAAGAAUUCUUCGAUGCAGCUCGUGGAAAAUAUGCGUAUUUGUUGAUUUACUGGAUUGCAAUGUCUAGUUGUGCAUACAAUCCAAUUAUUUAUUGUUUUGCCAACGAAAGAUUCCGCAUUGGCUUCCGGUACGUCUUCCGAUGGAUUCCAGUGAUUGACUGCAAAAAGGAACAAUAUGAAUAUUCACAAUUAUUCCCGGAUAAAAUGAGAAGUAUGGCUAUUUCUUUGCAAAAAGGAAGAGUGAACUCUUCCUGUUUGGAUAAAAAAGUCAAAGAGAAUUCUUCUCAAGAUUUGGUUUGUGUGAUGCAUUCCGAGAAAAAUACGAAGAAAUAUUCAAAAGUACAUCUUCUGAGUUGCCAUGAACGGUGAUUGAAACGUGUUUAUUUUUUGCUGAAUCAUAGCUUAUGAUAUUUUUGUAUAUCAACGUUUGUAACUUUGGAUAAAAUCUUAAUAAAUACUGAAACGAAA